GAAGACGAUGUGGAUCAUCCAAAAAUAGAUGAAAUUAAUGUAGAAGAUCGGCUUGCACAAUCAGCAGCGAGAUCUUCAUUGGUGACAAAUGGCUCAUCAAGCGACUACAGUUCUGUUCAGGGGAAACCUUCAGAUAAUACCGUUCAUGUAAAGUCAUUUAUCAAAAGGAUCGUUGGAGGGUCUCAAGCCAGCUAUGGUGAAAUUCCCUGGCAAGCCAGUUUGAAGAUUGAUACAGGAACACAAUUGAUUCAAUACUGUGGGGCUGUAAUUAUAGAUCAGUUCUGGUUACUCAGUGCGGCUCAUUGCUUCCAUCAGCAGGGCCUGCAGUUUCGGGUAAUGGUUGGAGAAUAUAAUUUGUACAGUAAAGAUGCGGGUGAGCAGACGUUUCAAGUGGAUUAUAUAUACACGCAUGAAUAUUCCGUAUGUUUUGGAGAGAAGUCUUGCGACUACGACAUUGCAUUAAUCAAAAUUAGACCACUGAGUGAUGGCAGCGGCAUUAGCUUCAACAGAUUUGUGCAACCCAUUCGUCUCCCUGAUGCUACUACAUCUCUCAAAGUAGGCACUCCACUUCUGGUUUCUGGAUGGGGGUGGACUGAAAAGUGCCUUGACAGCAAAAAGGAUCCACAAACACUCUCAGAAGUGCUGAUGAAAGCCGAAGUGCCUCUGGUUGAUCAAGAAACUUGCAAACGAGACAACGGCAUCCAUGAGGUCACUGACCGCAUGUUUUGCGCCGGUCAGCUAGACGGUCAGUCUGGCUCGUGUUAUGGUGACAGUGGGGGCCCAAUUGCCUACAUAGCUGACGGCUCGAAUAUGCUGGUUGGGAUUGUUUCUUGGGGAGAUGGAUGCGGUCAGCCUAACAAACCUGCUGUGUACACACAAGUGGCAUAUUUCCUGGACUGGAUAAACAACAUUAUGCAGCAAAGACGUUAA